ACUCCAAAAAUGUAUUUUAUUUAGUUUUUUCCUUCUCUUUCUCCUCACCUCCAAGCUGUGGUCUUCCUUCAUUCUCACGAUCUCUCCUCUUUCUCUCCCCUUUUCCUCUCCUCAAACCCUAAGAAAAAUCUCUUGAUUCGUUCCCAAUUUCUUCACAUUUUCUCUGAAUUCGACUGAAAUUGUUCGGAUAUUGGCGUCGGUGAAUGGAAGAGAGAGAGUUGAUGCUGUAUUUGAAGCUGCCAGGGGUGAAUCUAGGGUUUGAGAGCCGGUGUUAGAAGCGAGAGAGAGAUCUUUGUUUAGGGUUUGUGAUCUUGAAUGCUGGAAUGAGCUGAGCCCGAGCUGAGGGCUCGGGAUCCGAUAAGGGAAAAUGGCGGGAGAUCGGAUCGCGGAUGAGCUCCAGGAUGACAAAUAUUAUCUCCAGAAGUUUCGGCUGUACGAAACGAGAUCUAACUUUUAUAUGGUUGGACGAGACAAGAGUAGAACACUUUGGCGAGUUCUAAAGAUUGAUAGAUUGGAACCUUCUGAGCUGAACAUCCGUGAGGACUCCACCACGUACUCAGAAAGCGAAUGUAACGAACUAUUGAAGCGAAUACACGAAGGGAACAUAUCAACGGGUGGGCUGAAAUUCGUGACAACUUGUUACGGCAUUGUUGGAUUUGUUAAGUUUCUGGGGCCUUACUAUAUGUUGCUUAUCACUCAGCGAAAGGCGAUUGGCUCCAUUUGUGGUCACAUGGUGUAUGCUGUUACCAAAAGCGAAAUGAUUGCUCUUCCAAACUCUACCAUCCAUUCAAAUAUGGAUCUAUCUAAAAAUGAAAUCAGGUACAAGAAGCUUCUAUGCACGGUUGAUCUUACAAAGGACUUUUUCUUUAGCUAUUCGUAUCAUGUUAUGCGUAGCCUUCAAAAGAACUUAUGCGAUGCUCAGACUGGGCAAGUUCUAUAUGAUACCAUGUUUGUCUGGAAUGAGUUUUUGACACGCGGAAUACGAAAUCAUCUCAAAAAUACUUUGUGGACAGUAGCGCUGGUAUAUGGCUUCUUUAAACAGGUGAAAUUGUUUUCUUCAUGA